AGUAACCUUACCCUCAGUGGAGGCUUCUGGCAAGGGGCACUGCAGAAGCCCCCUGGCACUGGCGUUUGAGACAGCGAGCGCAACCGGUAGAAACAUGGUGAAGAAAGGCCUUCUGGAGAGGCUGCAGGAAGGCGUAGUCAUAGGCGACGGCGGCUUCGUCAUCGCCUUGGAGAAAAGGGGCUACGUAAAGGGAGGACCUUGGACGCCCGAGGUGGUGGUCGAACAUCCCGAGGCAGUGAAGCAGCUUCACCGCGAGUUCAUGCGAGCGGGGAGUGACGUCAUGCAGACCCUCACCUUCUACUCAACAGACGACAAACUCAAGUUGGGAGGCAAUGAAGCUGGGAAAAACUAUACGUGUUCCCAAAUCAACGACAACGCCUGCAGGAUCGCCCACGAGGUGGCCAAAGAGGGAGACGUUCUUGUGGCUGGAAGCGUGACUCAGUGUCCCUCCUACACCGAGGGGCUUGGCAAGGAGGCAGUGCAGGCGAAUAUCAAGACGCAAAUGAAAUACUUCGUGAAGAAUAAAGUGGAUUUCAUCAUCGCUGAGUUCUUCAUGUACGUGGAGGAAAUUGAGUGGGUCAUCGAAGAACUGUUGAAGAGUGGGUUACCAGUGGCCGCCACCAUGUGUAUCGGACCUGAGGGUGACCAUACAGGAGUCAGCCCUGGUCAGUGUGCUGUUAGGAUGGCCCGCGCAGGAGCCAACGUUGUUGGCGUGAAUUGCUUGUACGAUCCAAUCAUUAUCAUGGACACCAUCAAGCUCAUGAAGGAGGCCCUCGACGCAGAAGGUCUCCGCCCCUUUCUCAUGACGCAGCCCAACGGAUUCUUCACCGAGGGCACAGACAAGUCGGGAUACCUGGGCGUGCCAGAGUAUCCUUUCGCCAUGGAAUCACGGACGGUCACGAGGUUCGACGUGCACAAGUACGCCCGCGCGGCCUACGAACUGGGGGUGCGCUACAUCGGCGGCUGCUGCGGCUUCGAGGCCUACCACAUCCGGGCUAUCGGCGAAGAACUAGCUAAGGAGCGGGGCAGACUACCCCCUGCUAGCGACAAACACGAACCCUGGGGAGGAACUCUGAGACAGAGCGCGUUUGCAUAUAUUCGUGAAAGAGCCAGCGAAGAAUACUGGAAGAAUCUCGUUCCAUCCACAGGGCGCUCAGAUCCGCCAACGUAUCCUAUUCAGGCUGAUGUAACUCGGAAGACUUCGUAAGGGGACCUCCCUGUAGCACUGUUUAUUUUCCAGGUUUCCAUUUCCUGAAAAAAGUUGCUGAGUCAGUGAAUAAAAUUGUCUUUGAAAAAUAUGAGUGUAUGUGUAUGUCUAUAUAUCUAGACACACACAAACACACACACACACAUACACAUGCGCGCGCGCGCACACACACACACACACACACACACACACACACACACACACACACACACACACACACACACACGCACACACACACACUUACUUAAUACUAGUCAGUUAUUUCACAUCUACUUCAAUAUUGUCAAAAAAAUUAUUAGUUUUGAUGAGACAGAAGGAAAUGUGAUGACAUAAUUGUUUAAAUAGGCGUGGGAACUUGGGAAAAAUAGUAUUUGUUUCUGUUUCCAAGGCACGCUUAGUGUCUCGAUCUGGAGAAGUGUCACCUCCUCAUCAUGACGUCUACCCUACAGUGAUCAGAAAUUAUAAUCUGUAUAAUAUGUCAGAGAACUCGCUUGUGAAGCGAAGUGCAUCUGAUAGUAAUGCAUUUCAUUAUAUGUAUCCUAAGUGGUGUGUUAUAAUAAUAAAAAGACCAAUGUCACUCUUGAAUUCGAA